GAAAAGAAACGCAUUUCGACGUGACACUGUUUUGUUGAUUCCUAUUGUUACAACUAUCUUCGACUUCCCUCAUCUUUUUCUUGUACCUCAUAGCAUAAAACAAUUCUUGGAUUUGUCCAUCCAUUCUUUUUGUUGAAGUAGUAUUGAUGGGGGUUGCUUUUUUUGUUUGCAUUAUAUGGUUUCCAUGGCAAGGGAUUGGGAUGGGAGGUCUAUGAGUUUAGUAUUGCUGAAGGCUGAAGAUUCUCUUUAUACUAUUUUCUUGGUAAUUUAUCCCAUGAGGCUAUUGUCGUCCACAUAAACCAGCUCCAAAGAAGAGAAUUUAUCCAAAGUGUCCAAAUUGUACACAAUAAGAUUAGAACAUGUUCACCUGAAAGUACAAAUUAUAUCGAUCUUUAUUCUUUAUGAUAUCACCAGUAAGUGCCUAGUGUUCUCUAGCAUCUAUUCUGUUCUGCUAAGUGCCCACUAACUAACUUUGCAGUACCAGAAUCCGAUUUUUUUUCUUCCUAAAAACUUCAUGUUUGUCUCUGCAGUAAAUUUGCUGUAGCUUCCAUUCUUUAUAUGAGUGGUUAAUAUUCCUAAUAUUACAUUGUGUUUCUAGUAAUUAAUGGAGUCUUUGAGAAAAUCCCUGAAAGCUUAUCGUUUUCACACUAAGCAACAACAAGAUCACCCGCAAGAAGAAAAACAAGCUCUCUUGAAUAACCAAAAGGAUCACCAAAUGACGCAAUCUCAGAAAGAAGAAGUUGUUUUCAAGAUUGAUGCUGAUACAGAUACUGCUUCUAAAUCUGGAGGUGAAAGUUCAAGUGGUAAAUUUGCAGGUUUAUCAAAGAAACUCAAAUUUGAAGACAUAUUAAAUGUAGCUGUUCGGCAAAGAAACAAGGACUUGCCAGAUCAAGGAAACAGUCGCUUUACUUCAACUGACUCGUUUAGGAGAAACUCAUGGAGGUCGAUAUUAAACAAGACAAAAUCUAGAUUGAUAGACCCACCUGAGGAACAAUAUCAAAGAAGUGAUACAACAUACUAUGGUGGAGACUUUGAGGAAGAUGAGGAUCGUAACGAAGAAGAAGAAGAUGGUGUCGAAGACAUUCCAGAAGAAUACAAGAAAAUGACUUUCAGUGCAUUGACAAUGCUUCAACGGGUAAUUCUUGUUUUUGUUACAUUAGCCUUAGUUUGUAGCCUUUCCAUUCCUGCAAUAAGGAAGCAAACAUUAUGGGGUCUUUCACUGUGGAAAUGGGAGAUAAUGGUUAUGGCACUAAUUUGUGGGCAUUUAGUGUCUGGUUGGGGAAUUAAGGUGGUUGUGAUCUUCAUAGAAAGAAAUUACCUUUUGCGAAAAAGGGUACUAUAUUUUGUUUAUGGUUUAAGAAAGGCUGUCCAGAAUUGCCUCUGGUUAGGUUUGGUUUUGCUUGUCUGGCAUUGGAUUUUCAAUAAAAAAGUUGAGGAGACUAAGAGUAAGAUGUUGCUGUAUGUAACCAGGAUCCUAAUAUGUUUAUUUGCAGGAACAUUUAUAUGGCUCUUGAAAACACUUAUUGUGAAGGUUCUCGCUUCUUCUUUUCAUGUUAACACCUUCUUUGAAAGAAUUCAGGAGGCUUUAUUCAAUCAAUAUGUAAUUGAGACACUCUGCGGCCCACCAUUAUAUGAAAGGCAGAGUGAAGAAGAAGAAGAUUUUAAAGAAACUCUUGCUGCAAAUAACAGAAGUGGAAGACUAAACAAGUGCCCCACAGUUGGGAAAAGGCACAGAUUUUCUAGAAAGAAUGAUGAAGAGAUUCUCAUUGAACACUUGCAUAAACUAAAUCAGAAGAAUAUAUCAGCUUGGAAUAUGAGGAGGAUGAUCAAAAUUGUUCGCCAUGCUACCUUUUCUACUUUGGAUGAGCAAAUACUUAAUUCAAAUAUCGAAGAUGAAUCCUUAUUUCAUAUCAGAAGUGAAUGUCAGGCAAAAGAGGCAGCCAAAAAGAUAUUCAACAAGGUGGCAAGGCCAGGCUCCCAAUAUAUUUUCCUUGAUGACAUGAUGCGGUUUAUGGGUAAAGAAGAGGCUUUGAGGGCAAUGAAUCAGUUUGGAGCAACAACUGAAAAUGAAGGAAUAAGCAAGUUAUCCCUCAACAGUUGGCUGGUUAAUGCAUUUAGAGAACGAAAAGCACUUGCAUUAUCUCUGAAUGAUACAAAAACUGCAGUAGAUGAACUUCAUAACAUGUUGAACAUCCUUGUAGCUAUUGUUGUAAUGAUAAUCUGGUUGUUGAUACUUGGAGUUAAUAUCACUCACUUCCUAGUCUUUAUAAGCUCUCAACUUCUGUUGGUGGCUUUCAUCUUUGGGAAUAGCUGCAAGACAACAUUUGAAGCAAUCAUAUUCUUAUUCAUAAUGCACCCAUUUGAUGUGGGUGAUCGCUGCCAAGUGGAUGGAGUUGAGAUGAUUGUUGAAGAAAUGAAUAUAUUAACAACAGUGUUCCUGAGGUAUGAUAAGCAGAAAAUCACAUACCCCAACAGUGUUCUGGCUACCAAACCUAUUGGAAAUUAUUAUAGGAGUCCAGACAUGGAUGAGGCAAUUGAUUUCUCCAUACACAUUUCCACUCCACUGGAGAAGAUUGCUAUCAUGAAAGACAGAAUCAAAGAGUAUAUUGAAGGGAAUAAUGACCACUGGCAUCCAAAUGCAAACAUAAUCGCAAAGGAUUUAGAGGACAUGAACAAAAUCAACAUGUUAUUGUGGGUUACGCAUAAAUUGAACUUUCAGCGGAGUGGGGAAAGGUGGAGUAGGAGAACACUUUUGGUCGAACAAAUGAUCAAGGUGUUCAAAGAGCUUGAUAUUGAGUACCGCUUGCUGCCUUUGGAUGUUAACGUUCGAAAUUUGCAACCUUUGAAUUCGAGCAGGCUUCCCUCAAAUUGGACCACUUGUGCCAACUAAUUAUGCUAAGAGGCUGGAGUUUUGAUUAUUACUUUAGUUAGUUCUCAUUAAUGAAACCAAAUAAAUAUGUAAAAUUGAAAGGUAAUAAUGCACAUACUGAUUCUGUCAA